AUGUUGGCGAAGCAAGCGAUUAGGGUACUGGGCAGUAAACUCGCAAGAACGAGGGGCAGAAAAGUAAGAAGGUUCAUUGCAGCUGAGUUACUUUCACAUUCUACACUAUAUUGCAAUGCAGUAAAAUCUUUAAACAAAAUUGAAUCUUUUCCCUCCCAAUUCCCAUCAUAUUUAGCUGGUACUAAAUUGACUGAAGACCAGGAGGCACGUGUGCAAUCUACACUGCAAGAGUUUCUAAUCUAUUUAAUUUUUCUGUUGGAUCUAUCCAUAUUGACCUUUGGAAUGGUAAAUUAUAAUAUGUACUUCUUCACCAAAGUUAUGUCUCAGCUAUUUCUAGAAUCGACCUCCUAUAUCAAUGGCAUAAACUUCAAUUCAAUAAACAGCAUGGCAAAUUUCUGGGAGUUUGUUGAAGGGCCAAUGUUGAGAAAUAUUUACUGGAAAGAAUGGUACAAUGGCAAACCCUUGUAUCCAGGCCAAAGCUACAUUUUCUAUGAAAGCAUCCUUUUAGGACGCCCUCAAGUCCGACAGUUGAGGGUGCGCAAUAAUACUUGUUCUGUUAAUGAGUAUUUUAAGGAUCUGAUUAAAGAUUGUUAUAAUGAAUAUUCUUUUCACAAUGAGGAUCAGUCACCAUUUGGCCUGAAAUCUGGUUCACCGCAUUCAGAGUAUUUGCAAAUUGUUAAAAUUAUCGCUUACUUCACUGAUUCUAAAGAUCAAAAUAUGGAGAAUUUUGCAAUAGUCCAUCUAGUGGAGAUACAGGGGAUCACCAACAAAAACGGAAUGACUACGAACAAAUGGAAAUACAGUGCUCCCAAUCAUGAAUUUGAGCUGUGGCACUGGGGUAAAGUCGGUACCUACAGAAAUGGCGGUUAUAUUAUCGAACUAGAAAAAAAUAAACCUGCCACUGUCAAGAUAAUUAAAUACCUCAAAUCAAAACUUUGGCUUGAUCAUGGGACCAGAGCUGUCUUCGUAGACUUUAGUGUCUACAAUGCAAAUGUUAACUUGUUUUGUGCUAUCAGGCUUUUGGUGGAAUUCCCUGCAUCAGGUGGAGCUGUCACUUCCUCUGAAAUUUACACAGUCAAACUCCUAAGAUAUGUUUCAAAAUUUGACUACUUUCUGGCUGUCUGUGAAGUCAUUUUUUGUGUCUUCAUCUUCAACUAUGUAAUCCAAGAAGGCGUAGAGUUGUACUGCAGAAAGCUCUCGUACUUCAAGAGAUUUUGGAAUUUCUUGGAUUUUUCAAUUGUUCUGCUCUCUAUUGUAGCCAUUUUUUUCAACAUCUAUCGUACUAUAAAAGUAAACGCAUUACUACUGAACCUUCUGAAAAACUCUAAUUCAUAUCCAAACCUCUAUUUUUUGGCUUACUGGCAGAAUCGGUAUAAUAUCAUAAUUGCAUUUACUGUUUUCAUUGCAUGGAUAAAGAUCUUCAAAUAUAUCAGUUUCAAUAUGACUAUGACACAACUAGCAACAACUCUCUCUCGCUGUGCCAAAGCCAUCCUUGGAUUUGCUGUUAUGUUUUUUAUAGUGUUUUUUGGAUAUGCUCAGUUAGGCUACCUUAUCUUUGGCACCCAGGUAGACGGUUUUCACACCUUUGGCAGCUGCAUUUUUACACAGUUCAGGAUUAUACUCGGAGAUUUUAAUUUUAGUGAGAUUGAAGAAGCAAACAGAAUCCUUGGACCUAUUUACUUCAUCACAUUCGUAUUCUGCUUAUUCUUUGUUCUGUUGAAUGUGUUUUUGGCUAUUAUUAAUGACACCUAUUCUGAAGUCAAGGAUGACAAAUCAUUAGAAAAUGUAGAUUUUGAUAUUUACGAAGUGCUCAAAAGGCGUUACAAAAACCUUCUUUAUAAAAUCAAUCCAAACAUGUUUCCACCUGUGGCUCAUCCGACUCCUGGCAACAAAAAUGCCAAAGAAAGCCAGACAGCUCUACAACAUGAUUCCGAGAGAAGAUUAGAGUUCAAUUUGCCUAUGCCAAUGAAUAUGCCCCAUCUACACGAGUCCAACAUGCCCACGUUGACUAAUGCCACUUUGUAA